AUGGCAGACAAUCUGAAGGCCGAUAUUCUGCAGGGGCGACGGAGGACGCUGGGCGAUGACAGUCGCCCUCCACCGCCGUACAUUCAGCAAGCUGGGCCGUCAUCUGGACCAUCAUCAGGCCCCUCACUAUCUUCUAUCGCUGCGCGAGCCGAGGCGAGGAAGCGCUUUGCAUCCAAGGAAGCGGGUGAGGGCGACACAGAGGAGCCCUACGACCCUUUCUUGUCCGACUAUGGCGACCCUCCCGAGAUUGAGCUACCUUGGUCUACAGGUAUCAGCAGCUCCGGCAAGGUGGACGUGUACGUUGACGACCUUGAUACCUCGCCUGCGCCGUACGAGCCGCCGACACCGCCGGAGGAAGACGUCGAUCCGGUCAAUUUCAACGACUGUCCACCGCUCAACAUUGUCAUCUUCCUCGUUGGAUCCAGGGGUGGGUUAUGUCGGCUGAACCUUUCUGACCCAGCAGGCGAUAUUCAACCCUACCUUGCCCUCGCGCUGCAGCUAAUCAUCAACCAUGGCCAUCGCGUGCGCAUUGCUACACAUCCGGCUUUUGCCAAGCUGGUGGCCGACGCCAGUGUCCACCUCGCAGGUCUGACCUCCGCCUCGGGAACCCCACUCACGGGACUGCUGGAGUUCUUCUCCAUUGGCGGAGACCCUCACCAGCUCAUGGCAUACAUGGUGCGCAACCCGGGCCUCGUCCCCGGCUUGUCCGCGGUAUGGAACGGCGAUAUCAAGCAGAAACGUGCAAUGGUCAAGACCAUGCUGAUGGGUUGCUACCGAGCCUGUUUUGUUCCCAAUGAGAGUACCAAGCAGCCAUUCGGCGCCGACGCAAUCAUCAGCAACCCGCCGGCGUUUGCGCAUGUUCAUGUCGCCGAGGCACUAGGCAUCCCGCUUGUCAUGAGCUUUACUAUGCCAUGGACACCGACGACAGCCUUCCCUCAUCCACUGGUCACGGCCAAGACCAACAGGUCAGAGGAGUCGGUGAACCACUACUCGAGUUACGUGGUGGCGGACGCUUUGAUGUGGCAAGGACUGGGCGAUAUCAUCAACACGUUCCGUUUCGGCAUCCUCGGGUUGCAACCCCUCAAGCUCACGGCUGGUCCGCGUGUUCUUGAACGUCUCAAGAUUCCAGUCACGUACGCCUGGAGCGAGAAUCUUCUUCCCAAGCCACACGAUUGGAAGUCCAAUAUCGACGUUGUGGGGUUCUAUUCCAUGCCAACCAAGAAGGUGGCCAAGCCCGACCUCGCGUUGCUCGAGUUCCUAGCUAUGGGAGAGCCGCCAGUCUACAUUGGCUUCGGUUCCAUUGUCGUCAAGGACCCCGACGCGUUGACUAAUACCAUUCUCGCGGCCGUUGCCAAGGCCAAGGUCCGGGCUAUCAUCAGUGCGGGUUGGGCGGAUCUAGGCGGACCGGACCUAAAGCUACCGGAGGACGUGUUCAUCGUGAAAGGCGAUAUACCCCAUGACUGGCUGUUCGCCGAAGGACGUGUUGCCGCUGUGUGUCACCAUGGAGGUGCUGGAACAACCUCUGCUGGGUUGAGGUGUGGCGUCCCAACAAUCGUCGUGCCAUUCUUUGGCGACCAAUGGUUCUGGGGAAAAGCUGUUGCCCAUGCGGGAGCGGGCCCGGCCCCAAUCCCUCACGCAGACCUCACCGCCGAAAACCUCGCCGAAGCGAUCCAGUUUUGCUUCUCCAAGGGCACGCGCGAGGCCGCGCAGGAGCUCGGAUACAAGAUUCGCUCGGAGCAGUCGACAACGGCAGGUAUAGCGAGUUUCCAUCGCCACCUGCCACUCCUAAACAUGAGGUGCCAGGUGGACGAUACGCGCAGCGCGAUCUGGUGGAAUGACCGCCAAGCUCUUCGCGUGUCCGGUGCUGUGGCCGCGGUGCUUGUCGAGGAGAAGCUGCUCAACUGGCGCGACUUUGUUCCACACCGUGAGUUGACUCCACGCGGACUGGCUAACUCUCAAUUGUCAAUGUUGGUGGACAGGCCGUGUCCGGCGCCGGCCAGCUCCUUUAUGCGCCGCAAUCUACUGCUGGGCGUCCCAAAAGCCGUCUCGGCAUUCCAAGAGGGUCUGGAGAACAUCCCCGGCAUCAUGGGCUCCCCGGUCCGCAAGCGCGGCAAGGUCGACUCGUUCCGGAGCGGCAUGGCAGAGGGCGUCAAGGGCCUUGGGUACGGUCUCUAUGAUGGCAUCACUGGUGUCGUGACAGAGCCCUAUCAGGGGUUCAGGCAGAACGGUAUCGGCGGCUUCAUCAGUGGUGCCAUCCGAGGAUCCCUCAACCUCGCUGCGCGCCCAGCUGGCGCCACUCUUGGUCUUAUUAUCCACCCAGUAGCUGGUAUGUCUCGCGGUGCACGCUCCCGAAUGGCUCGUGAGGGCUUUAUCGAAAACACCUCGGUGCUCUGCGAUGCACGCGAGUGGCAGAGUCACGAAGCGGCCAAGUCGCUCAGCCCGACUGAACGGCGCCAUAUUAUCGAAACGUGGACGCGUCUGUCGACCCACUCGCUGGUCCAGGAACGCAUGAAACUGGAGGAGAAGCGCAAAAGUGCCAUCGAGCACGAGCUGCUCGCCGAGCCCACCAAGGCGGAGCUGUGGCCGUUCUCGAGAGAAAUGGUCGACCGCAUGAACGGACGGGCGCAGAGGCGCAGAGGUGUCUAUCUCACUGCUCCGGAUAAGGGCAAGGGAAAGGACAAGGACGGGCGCCGAUCCAGCAACUUCAGCCUCCAUCUCCGCAAGAGCAUCGAUAGCCGGAGAAGCAGCAAAGACGAGGCAAAGAGGAGCAAGGAGAGUUUGAGUAAAGCCGAGGAGGCCAGGUACACGCCAGCCAAGAGCUCGCCGCUCGCGUCACCCAACCCCCACGCGCCCGUCUCCACAAUCAGCCCCGAAACCCUCCUCUCGCCAACGGGCACAUACACCGGGCCGGCCCCAGCCCCAGCAUUCAUCGUCAACAGCGGCACCCCGCCCACCGACUCACCAGUAGCAAUGUCACUUUCGGCGUUCCCCUCCCCGCCGCUUGACAACCGCUUCGCGACCAUCCGCGCGGCCCAUAGCGCCUCGGGGAGCACCGCGGCCAGCACCGUCGACCUCGCCAUGGCCGGCACGGAGCGCUGGGCUAGCCGCUCCAGUCUGGACUCUGCGAGCCGGAGUAGUUUUGAUGGCGGGAUGAGCAACAGUCUGGCCAUGAGCAUGGCCGGCACGGGCGCGACGACGACGGCGACGCCGACGACGGCAGGGGAGACCGAGACGGAAACGACAGCGUCCAAGACGCAGACGCCGAGCUCGUCCAGCUCGAGGUCUACUCCUACGCCCGCAUCGGAACCAGAGUCAGCGCCGGCGCAGACGCUGGUACCCCCUUCCGCUGGCGAGUUGGAGCGUUCUGGGUCCAAGCAGAUGAUGAAGCGCCUCUGGAAGGGGAAAGGCAAGGCCAAGUAG